AUGCUGAACGCCGUGUUAAUUACCUUAUCCCUAGUCACAUACACUCAAACCAGUCCUCGUAUGACAUUCGUAGACAACUUCUUACAAUGGGAAGCAGAAACAGCUCAAUUCUGCUCCAAUUUAAUACAUUUCAACAAUUAUUUCUAUUCAUUACACGAGCCCAUACAAGUUUCUGGCAUGCCAGCAGAUAUGCGUAUUCAAUUCAGUUUUCCAUGCAAUAUAUUCUACACGCUUAUAAACGACGAAAUGAAAAUGAGCUUACAAGUAAGACAUUUUAGCGGUGAAAUUGAAACUCUAAAAGUGCCUGGCUUAGGUCAAUCAACAACGGUUGAUAACCUUAACAAUAUAGUAUAUCUCGCCACUGAUAACGGCGUAUAUAAAUACAAAGAGGAUGGCUCAAUAGAAUUGUACACAGCUUUAGGAGAAGAUGUUAUGUACUUAACAGUUUCGACAGAUGGCACCACCAUGUAUAUAGCUACAUGGCCACAAAAUCGCGUCCAAAAAGUAACUAAUGACGGUCAAAAACUAGAGACUUUUCCAUCCAUUCCAAACGGACACGGUAUCACUGUAGAUACGAGGAAUAAUAUAUUUUUCGUUGCAGAAAAAACAUCUUAUGUACUAAAGAAUGAUCAAAAUGUUGCUAUAAAAAUAAAAGGGUUGCCCAGUGAAAGGAUAAUCAAUUUUUUUGUUAGUCGUGCAGAUGGGAUAUAUGCGAUGGAUGAAAAUAGUAAUCUAUAUAGCAUUGAUGCUGAAAACGCUAGUGCAAGACAUUUAGGAACUUUCAAUGUGACUGGAGUAAAUACAUUUGGUAUGGAUUCUGCUGCAAAUGUUCUUAUUGGGGUGAAGGGCCGUAUUAUUAGAUUCAAUGCGUAUGAACAUAAUCCGUGCGGCUAUCAGGACGAG